UGUGUGCGACUGAAGGAAAAGUUCUCAGAAUGCAUCGAACUUUUCAUGUGUUGCUUGCUGUAUUGGCCAGUCUGGCCGCAAUAUCUGCGGAUACUCACACGGUUUUUGAAGCGUCCUCUCCUCUCCAAGUGGACUUCGACGCAGCGUACUUAUGGACCAGAGGAUAUAUGGAGGGGACGCAGUACGAGCUCAUCGGGGCGAACAACGCGUCAGUGUCGCAGAGCCACUUCCUGGCGUCGGCCGACACGUACCUCAUCGUGCACGGCUUCUUAUCCCACGCCAUCGUGCCCUGGGUGUUGACCCUUAAAGAUAAAAUACUGGCGCGCGGAAACAGCAACGUCAUCGCCGUGCAGUGGGCGUCUGGGGACAACUUCACCGAGCUUGCCUACAAUGAGACGUCCGAUACGGUUCCCGGCAUUGGCGCGGCGGUGUCGCGGCUGCUGACGACGUUGCAGGCCGUGCGCGGUCUCGACUACACGCGCCUACACGCCAUCGGCCUCAACUUGGGCGCUCACAUCGCCGGCUUCGCAGCCAAGAACAGCCCCUACCCUUUCGGGCGCAUCACAGGCCUGGAUCCUGCCAGCAAAAGAUAUUUGCACACUUCGUCUAAAGAGCGCCUCGACAAAAGCGAUGCUCUCUAUGUCGACAUCAUGCACACCAACAGCUGCAACAACUGGAACAAGUGGUAUGACUGCUUUGGUAUUUACAUGAGCAUCGGCCACACGGACUUCUGGCCUAACGGGGGCUUCUUCCAGCCGGUGUGCAGUAAGACGGAGAGCCACCACGCUGGAGACGGCUCGCUGAGGUGCGACCACACGAUCGUGACGGAAUAUUUCAUCGAAAGUUUUGAUUACGACAUCACGAGCACAAAGUUCUUGGCGCGCCCAGCCAAGAACUACCACGCCUACUGCUUCGACCCCGUCAUCCACUGCGGCCCCCUGCCUCAGUACAUGGGCAUCCUCGCCGACAGCGGCUCCUCCGGGGACUAUUACCUGAACACGACUUCGGUGGCUCCAUACGCCAUUGAGGACAAGUCUUGCCCCAGCCGAGAACGCCACGCUGAGGUCGCCGCGGCUGCCAUCGUGGCCAUCAUCAUCACCGUGCUCAUCUUGGUCGUGGCCAUAUCUGCCUUCGUCUGCAUUAAAGUCAAGGGGAUCUUCAAGAGGAAGGCUGAGGGCGCAGACAUGACCGACCCCCUGCUCGGGGACGCGCCCCAGGACCGCGUCGUGGAUGGUCAGGAAGAAGGCCGAAGCUCCUCCAUUCUGGGCGGCGUCGCUCGCAGCUUCGCCGGCAUCGUAAGCAGGCCCGUCGACGUCUGAAGGAAGCGCCCUGGACACUCUGGUAUUUGGUCGGAGGUAUCCGUGAAUAAGAUUGUCUUGCCUUUUUUCAGUAAUAAAUUCACUCGAGAAUAUUGUACUAUGAAGUCCGUCGUGGCAUUUAUGUGACCUUUUAAAAGCUCAGUGUUACCUUGUGAUCUAACUUGGCUGGCCGUGUCUUGUGACUAUAGAACUUGGCUGGCCGUGACUUGUGACUGUCAAACUUGACUGGCCGUGUCUUGUGACUGUAGAACUGGGCUGGCCGUGACUUGUGACUGUCGAACUUGUCUGACCGUGACUUGUGACUGUAGAACAUGGUUUACCGUGGCUUGAAAUUUUCGGACUUUGUCGUACCAAUAAUACCCUCUUCAAAAGUUGAGGAUUUUUUGUUCACUUGUUUUUUUCAUUUUAGUGUAAUAACCUGCUGAUUCGUGAAGUGGACGGUAAUUAUUAAUUCCAAGCACCAUCAUGAAUUAUAUUAUUUAACGUCGCAUGGCUGAUGUAGUACAGCAUUUGUUGGGUGUUGUAACCAUCUAAUGAAGAGCACUGAUGCUCACAACAUGUAUGCACAUUUUUCUGAUCAGAAGGAUUAUUUGAUGUGCCAUUAUACUCCAAUUAUUGUUAGUAUGUCGCCGCUCAGUAAAAAUCCUGCAAACUGGCGUAUUCAGACAAGUGCUAGCCUUAGUCUCAUAAGAAGCCUGGAGAGUUCCAGCUCACAGCGUAACAAAUGUUCUCAAAAUGUCACACAAUUCUCACAUCUUGUACUCCGCGUGAUUGAGAUGCAGUUAAUUAAGUUGGUAUUAGCAUUGUACUCGAGGCAAGUGAAACCUUAAGAAUUGUUCUUAACUUCGAUGUCCUUGUCUCCCCGUCAUUAAAGAAACUGUCUUACGCGCGGUGCUUCGACCCCCACUGCUGAGCUGGUACUGGACGGCGCGUAUUGUAGAAAAUUAACAUGCCUCCCGAACAAUGUGGUUAAAGAUUAUUAAUAUAAUGAUUGAAUUGUCUGCAGAGUCCGUUUCUUUGGUUCCUGAAUAUAUGUUACUUAAUUGUAAUGUCGCUGCUAUUUCUUGUCAGCUUCUACGUGCUGGUCAUUAAAGACUUUGAUGAAUGCGGGUGAUGACCUUUGACCUUGCGGGUGAUGAAUUUGAUUUUGCUUAAUUAAUGAUGAUUGAUGAGACCUUUAAUGCUGUUGGUGAUGUUGAUGUGAGGACUUGUGGUGCAAGACACCUGCGUGGCUAGUGUGCUUGUGGGCCUCUAACUAGUUUUUUAUUUGAUUUGCUGGUAAUUAGACAAUUGAGAAGACCAUGUAUGACUGUCAACGAAUUGGUAUGUCGCCAUAUGAGCGUGUAUGUUUCUGUAGGUCUGUUCUAUAUCAAAGGAUUUGUAGGAUUUAUCUUAAUUGGCAUUCCAUUUAUUCGUACAAAAUUACUCUAAGUUAAAUUGAAUAUUUUUCUGUGACCGUAUUGAGCUCUGUGGUAGUUUUAAUUUGUUAUAUAUAAGCAUAAUCAACAUUGUUCUAUUAUGAAAGGAAUUUAUGUGGCUAUUUUCUAAUUCCUCAUAUUGAGUUACGCUUUGUAUUAUCUUUGAUAUAUCUGCACCGCUUCUUGAAAACUUCAAACUGAUUUUUGUUUAUGAUGCACGCUUCGUACACUCGUACCUGUAUUGCAUUUGAACGUUAUUUGCUUCUAUCAUAUCGAUAUUCAUUAUACUGACCGCUCAUGUCUCCGACGCACAUCGUUGCUACGGCCUUCUUGCCGGUGUCGGAGUUUUCCGUUCAAGAUAAUUAGUUAAAUUAUUAUAAAGCUGUCAUGGAAUUUGUGAUGAUCAAGUUAGUGUUGGGAUAUCUCGCGAUAUAUUAGGAUAAUUCGGAGCUUGAAUUGUUACUUUACUGUUCUUAAUUGUUCUAUUGAUUCCUCUUGGAAGGUUAUCUAUAAAUAAGUUGAGAUAUUAUAUAUUAUAUGAAGGAGCUCGCCUGAAGACGAUUAUAGUGCUGUUUUGGGCGUCGCUUGCCAUCAAUAAUUAUUAUUUAAUUGCAGGUGUUUAAUAGGCUACUCUUAAAUACCGGCCUUAUGACGUUAUGGUGAUAGUCGAGUGGAAUUACUUCAUUAGUUUUGUAUAAAUAGUUCAUCCUCUCGCCAAUGUUAUACGUCGAUUGGUAAAAGUUCAUUUAUAUGCGUAGGUAUAUAAUACCCUGGCUUAUGAUGCAUGUUUAUGCUGCGGAAAGAGUACAUUAAAGGUCCUGCUUCUU